AUGGCGGAGGUCCUGCGCCACUGCCACGAGUUGGGGGUGGUGCACCGUGACCUAAAGCCGGAGAACUUCCUGCUCACCAGCAAGGAGCCCGACGCAGACCUCAAAGUUACAGACUUCGGUCUGAGCACCUUCUUCCGGCAGGGGGAGCGGUUCAGGGAGCUGGUGGGCUCCCCCUACUACGUCGCGCCCGAGGUGCUGCAGAAGAAUUACAGCCAUCAGGCGGACAUGUGGUCCCUGGGCGUCAUCCUGUACAUCCUGCUGAGCGGGCUGCCGCCGUUCUGGGGCAGUACGGAGGAGCAGAUCUUCAAAAUGGUCCUGAAGGGCGACAUCGACUUCAAGUCAGAGCCGUGGCCCAAGGUCAGCCCUGAGGCCAAGGACUGCAUCAGGCAGAUGCUCACGCGGGACCCCAGCCAGCGCGUCUCGGCCCACGAGAUCCUGAAGCACGACUGGCUGGUGAAGGAGGGUGUCGCCUCAGACGUCAAACUGGACAGCGUCGUGCUGGAGAGGAUGCACCGCUUCGCACAGGCAAGCCGUCUGACUCACAAGCGCUGUCAGGCGCUGCUCUGCAACCGUCCGCGCGCUUUCAACAUGAACAAGCUGAAAAAGAUGGCACUCAUGGUGGUCGGCCAGAGCCUCAGCCCCGACGAUGUUGAGGGUGGGUCGGGGGCCGAGGGGAUUUAG